CGCGAGCAAACGACCGCUUCGCGUCGUCGUCGUCACCGCCGCCGCCGUCAUCGGCAGGUGGCGCGUCGUAAGCAGUGAGCCUGUCCGGAGUGUGUCCCAAUGGCCGCCGCUAUCGUUUGCCCACCGCAAUAGCCCGCCGCCGCCGCCGCCGCCGCCGCCCAACGAUCCGACAAGCCGUUCCCGGUUUUCCGACGCCGCCAAGGCGCCGAUCGUCGAUCAGUCAUCACGCAAAUCUGUCGGCCGCCGUAUUUGUGGCCCACGAACGACGACCAUUGACGGGCACACGAAUAUUGGACACGUCCCGUCGUCCAACGACGCACGCACCGGGACGCCCAGCACUAUCUCGUGAUCGCCACUGAGCUCUGGACAACUCCAGAACACCAGGCGUGAGAGGCUGCCUUCGGACAGAUAUUUUUCAACGACAAGCUGCGUAACGUCCUGCCAUUGUAGGUGAGCCAUAAGAACCUACGUAAGGCUGAUCACUAUCAACCUACCUAUUGAUCGAUAUGAAAUUAUUGUUGGCCUAUAUAGUUUCAAUUAUUUUAAUAAUCGCUUGAGAUAUGUAGAUUGUUCGUAAGUAACUAUGUCGGUUCCUAGUCAAUUGAAAAUUGACAACUGGGGCAAUUUCUUCAUGCAGCGCCUUAACAACUUGGCCAAAAAAGAUGAAUACUGCGACUAUACUAUUCGUUCAGUGACAAAUGAAUCUUUUAAAGUCCAUAGAGUUGUUUUGAAUACGUGUUCAGACUAUUUUGUUUCCCACCCAAGUACUGACAAAACAAUGACAAUGCCUGUACAUCUAGACUUUGAUGCAGUUAAGAGUGUUAUCAUGUUUAUGUAUACCGGACAACUUCAUUACACCGAAGACAGUCGUAUGAGUUUAAUUGAAGUAGCUGACAUGUUACAGGUUACUGUGUUACUUAAGCUUCUGGAGUCACAGAAUGGAGCAAACAAAGUAACUCCUAAGUAUCACUCCCCACAAGCUUCAACAUCAAGAACUCAUUCAGCAAUUGCUCUAAAUCAAUAUAGGCCUGCAAAGAAACCAACCACUCAAAUGAAUAUGACCAUUAGAUCACCACCAGAACAUACACCAGCAUCUACUUUUAUUAAUACAAUGAAAGUGAAAGAUAUUUUGAGUGAAAAUAAACCAAUGCGGUUUGAAUGUGAUGCCGAUGAUGUACCUGAGUUUAUAGAACAAACUUUUGAAUUACCCAAGUAUGAUAGUGCCCCUUUAAUUAAACAAGAAAAUUGUGAUAGCGCAAAGGCAAUGCUCAAGAGAGCUUCCAAUGGAGAAUUGAUUAAUAAGAGCAUGGACAAGGGUCAUAGAACCCAAGUCAUUAAAUGUGAGGCUCAAACUAUAUCAUCACCAGGAGGCAAAAAAUUAAAAAUUGUCAGUGAUACAGACCCAGAGAACACCAAUAGCAAAGUAGUGCAAGAAAUCUUAAAGAAAUACCCACAUUUAUUGCAAAGUAAAGGUAACAUUAAAUUGAAAAUUAUGUCUAGUACUAAUCAAAGCCAGUUUGAAAGCAUAAUUAUCAACACUCCUAAUUCAGUCGAGAAAAUCUUACCUGCUGGGAGUGGUGUUAAAAAACCAAUUACCACUCACAAAGUCAAGCCGGAUAUCAUGAACAUAAUUGGACCUUGGUCCUGUAAUCUUUGUGGAACUGACACCAAUCCAUUGAAAUUAGAUUCUUAUUUAAUAUACAGGAGACAUUUGGUAGAAAAACAUAAUGAGAAAGAAGACACUAGAGUUUGCGAACACUGUGGACACUUUUCUGUACGCAAGAGCUUACAAAUACAUCACAUGUACACAAAACACAAAAUUCAGCCGCCUGCUGAUUUCAAAUUUCCUCAAUGUGACGAUUGUGGAUUUGUUGCUACAACCGAAGUUCAUCUAAAACGACAUAAGAGUUUGGAGAAAUGUGGCAUUAAACCACAAUCCAAAACAGAAUAUGGAAGUUAUACUUGCUCUGAGUGCGAUAGGACGUUCCGUUCAAGUUUGAUGCUCAAAGGACAUUUGAGAAACUUCCAUAAAGUUGAUGACAUUAUUCCUUCAACUUCAUCAACCAAAGAGCUAUUGAUUUCUGUUAUUGAUAAUAUACCACCUGGGGCCAAAGUUUUAGCUGAAAAUAAUAUUAUAAAUGAAACGGAUGAUCUAGGAAAAGGCGAAGAAAUCAUUUACAAUGAAGAAACUACAGAAGUAGAAACUGUGACGCUGGAAGAUGCUGAACAGGUACUUGAAGAAAAUGAUGAUGAUUGUAAAUCCAACGUACCAGUUGACAUCACGGAGGAGUGGGAUGAUUUUGAUGAUGUAGAUACAAACAAAAAUGAAGAAUCUGACAAAGAAGACAACAGAGAUGCUAAACCUUGUAGAAUAGAAUUGGAGUGAGCCGAAAACAAAAUUGUACUACUCAAAUGUUCAGAAUAUUGUUAUAUUGUAAUAAAAUAUAGUAUUUGUUGUCAUCCAAUCAUAUUUUAAAUAUGUAUUCAUACAUCUUAACCAAACCACUGGACUGGAUGUUAAAUUGGUACUAAAGAUUUAAAAAAAUGGCAAUUAUUUAUUUAUAUAGGUAUUGUAAAUAACUAUUAUUUACCAUUUAGAACUUGAUAUUAAAUUAUAAAUAUUAAUUUAUUUGA